UGGCUUGUUUACAUUGUGCAAGGGGUUGAAGUAAACAGUGAACGGAGCGUAAAGAAAGAUUUGCACACAAACGCCAAACAAAACGCUGCAAUAAAUUUCGCCAUUCGAUUGCAACGGAAUGGCCCAGUGAACAGUGCAUUCAUACAUACAUAAGCUAGCAUUGCCUCAAACUGGAUACCUCUAUCGGCCAACAGUCCCGCUGGAACCGACCGGGCAAAGUUCAUAUGCACACCUUUGAGAUGGAGCCCGAGGUGGUGCAGGGCAAUGUUCCCGACGCUUUCUGCACAGAACGCAUCCGAUUCCGCCGGUUACGCUCGCAAAACAUUGUGCACCGUUUGCGGAACAGGGAAACGGGUCAUCGGCACCGAACUCCACAGCACGCUAUCCGCGAGCUGUACCAGAACGUGUAUCCGAACCUAACGAUCGUUAAUGUGGAACGGCCGCCGUGUUAUCUACGCAAGUUCAGUCCGGACGGCAAGUAUCUGAUAGCGUUUUCAUCCGACCAGGCAGCGUUGGAAAUUUACGAAUUUCAAGGAUGUGCGGCGGCCGGAGAGUUGCUCAGCAGCUGGGACGAUACCGAGCUGAUGGCGGAUUACGAACCCGGGUACAGUAGCGUUAUACGAGCGAAAAUCUUCGACCAACUGUUCAAGCUGAAGCAUGUGGUAAACCUGGAGAAUCACGAGAAACAUCUCAACCGGGAGUGUAGCCUGUUCACGCACGAUGGGCGUUACGUGAUCGUGGGAGCUGCGUCCUUCAUUCCGGAAGAAAACCGUCCCAACUUUUACGAGCUGUACACGAACAAUGAGGUCAUCAAGCCGACGGCUGGCUGUCCGCUCGAGGACUACACACUGUACAUUAUCGAUCUGCACUUUGGACGCAUCUCGCAUUCGCGCGACUUCCGCGUGGACAAGAUCAUACUGUCCCACAAUCAGGGCGUGUAUCUGUACAACAGCACGCUCGCGAUUCUAUCCAUCCACCAUCAGUCGAUGUACAUCUUCUCGAUCGCCGAUGGAAUGUUCUUUCCGGAGCGUACGAUCGGACGGUUCUGCAGUGGUGAGGAUGAGCGGUAUUACACCAGUGCGUUCCUGAUGGAGCGGGGCAGUGCACCGCCACCACCGCGCGCUUUCCGUGAGCCCACCAUCAACAGCCUAAAGCACCGCAUACUGGUGUUUCUGUUUCGGCAGGCCAAGGCGCAGGUAGACAGUGGCGAGGAUAGUCUGGCGUUGCGCAAGUUUUACCGCCGGUUCGACGAGUACAAGGAUCUGCGGAUGUGGAAAAUGCAGCUGCUCGACGAUGAUCUGCUGCUGAUCAAGUACGCGCACGAGGACGUCGUCACGCUGAAGGCACACGAACCGAACAGCCAGUACUCGAUGUUUGUGGUGUACCACAUCUGGGACAUGCAGAUCAUCGCCGUGUACAGCAACCAAUCGACCCAGCUGCUCGAGCUUUACGAGAACUUUUGCGAUAGCUUUCGCAACGCUUCCCACAGCCACCGGACACCGUUCACCUGCUCGCCGAGCAACAAUCUCUACAGCCGGCUGCUGCACACCCGCUUCAAGCAGACCAUCAUUGGGGCACGCGGGGGCAGCGAGACCGAGGCAACGAAGCGCAUCCUUGCCCAGCUGCCGAUCAGUGCGCAAAGCUACACGAGCUCCCCGUACCUCGAUCUGGGGCUGUUCAGCUACGACGACAAGUGGGUAUCGGCGAUGGAACGGCCGAAGGCGUGCGCCGAGUUUCCGAUCCGAUUUUACGCGCGUGAUUCGGGAUUGCUCAAGUUUCGCAUCUACGCCGGCAUGGGACACCAGAUAACGCCCCAUCCGGGGCUGCGACGAUUGGUGGCCUUUAUCUUCCACCCGACCGAACCGUUCGCGAUCAGCGUGCAGCGCAUCAACACGGACUACAUUGCCAACUUCCAUUUGCGGCAUGUGCCGAGCGCGAACCCGAAUCACGUGUGGCCCCAGCAGAAGACGUAACGCAGGAGUGUGAGAGAAAUGGAAAACAUUGUUCAACUUUAGAUAGAAUAAAUUCGAAUUAACGCGUUUCCCGAAUCGAACGGAACAAAAACAAA